GCCAGUGGCAAAGCACAGUUCGGAAUGAAUUGCUUGCAGUUGUCGAAUGGUGUUAAAAUUCCCCUCAUUGGCCUUGGCACUGGUGGCUUGGUAAGUGUCUUGAGUCAAUUACUUCUUAAGUAUUCCACACCAGUCGAGUUAGAGAAUGCAAUUCGAACGGCGAUCGACAUUGGAUACAGACAUAUCGAUACGGCUGCGAUGUAUGAGAAUGAACACAUUACCGGCAAUGUUCUCGCAGAUCUAAUCCGAUCCGGUAAAAUUAAACGUGAAGAGCUUUUCAUCACAUCCAAAGUUUGUUCCUUCGUUGUUUAA